CCGGGUAUUAAUUGGACUCAGACAUGACAGGUAACGCUGGUUUAGUUAACCUGGAAACUGAGGAAGAGAAACAAGAAGCAAACGAACCUAAACAACGCAGUGGAGAGGAAGACUGCGAGGAAGAUGACUUGUUCGAGAUAAACCUGGAGGCCGUGAGUGAUGCCAAGUCGUCUCGGCGGUAUGAAUGUCAGAGAUUUCCGGCAAGGACAGGGAGCGUUUUACUAGCGAACUGUCUGUUACCAGCUGCGGACAUCUCCGGUGCCGUGCCGGCGACGUCAAGGGCUUGGAAUGAUUUGGUUUGGUUUAGAAGGCUCCUCUAUGUUGAAAAUCUAGGGACUGAUAGUAAGAAGCUUAAUUAUUUUUGA